AUGGCAAAACGAAAACCAGUUCCAAGUGCUGAAAUCCCUACCGACAAUGCCGCCCAACCAACACAACAGCCGCCAGUAGAUCCCAGCGUCCAGCGCUACAGCCUGUCUGACGCACCUGUAUUGCCUGAAAUAGUGACCAGCAGCGGAAAUGACGACGAAAUUAGCAGAGCUGUGAACCAGCUUCUCCAGCAACAACAUAUCGAUACGACUCAAGCCGCCCAACCGCCUGUGGCGCCAAUUCACGACAUUAGACGCAACAACUUGAACUCGAGCACGACGAGCCUCGCCAACACUUCACAGGAAUACAGACCCUAUCAACCAGGACAAUUCCUCGAACCGAUCAUCACAGGAGAAACUCUUCAGAUUCAACACCAUGGCUCUGAUAUUGGCACAUCGCCCAGCACUGUGCAACCAGCUCUGGAUCCUUUCUAUGACCCAGCACAAAGCGUCGGUCAUGGGUCCGAAUACACUUAUGUUGAAGGAUAUCACCCACCUUCCCACCACUCUUAUCCGUCGUACGACAGUGAUGCGACUUACGCAGGUGCCCCUGAAGUCGACCACUUCCGGUACGAUACGGAAGCAUAUGCUUCAGGUCUCAGCUCAGGGGUGGCUUAUCGCCCACCUCGCUCACGAUCCCCAACUCCCGCCCCCGACGACGAGGACUACCAUAUCGUAGGCGAUGAAAGCUUCCAUUACACCGGCGCCUAUGGGGGCGACCCCGAGAAAGUCGACUUCCACAAGAGCGAUCCUUACCUCAACAAUUACCAAGUUCAUAACAUCGUUUACGAUCCUGAGCCCGAAACACCCAAGUCAAGCCAGUACUCGCUACCAGAGCCGACUUUGGAGACUCGGCAUUUUGGACCUGCGCCCACUGGACGGGUGACUCGACGGCACAAAACUAAGAAGAGGGUUCAACUUACCAAUGGUAACCUCGUGGUUGACCUCAAGGUGCCACCCAAACUCGUUCUGCCUCGGAGAGGAGAAUCUGAGACUACACAUACCCGGUAUACCGCUGUCACUUGCGACCCCGAUGAGUUCGAGAAGAAGGGCUUCUUCUUGAGGCAGAAUGAGACGGGACGCAGGACGGAAUUAUUCAUCGUGAUCACCAUGUACAACGAAGAUGAGAUUCUCUUCUGUCGAACACUCUAUGGCGUCAUGAGGAACAUCUCGCACCUCUGCACGCGCAAGAACUCUCAAACCUGGGGACCUAAUGCUUGGGAGAAGGUCGUAGUCUGCAUCGUAGCCGACGGCCGUAAAAAGGUCCACCCGCGCGUCCUCGACUGCCUAACCCUCCUCGGAGUCUACCAGUCUGGAGACCACAUGAAGAACAUGGUUAACAACAAAGAAGUCACCGCCCAUCUAUUCGAAUACACUACCACUUUUGCACUGGACCCCAACCUGCACUUCAAGUACCCCGACAAGGGGAUCGUCCCGACUCAAAUCAUCUUUUGCAUGAAGGAGAAGAAUCAGAAGAAGAUUAAUAGUCAUCGGUGGUUCUUUAAUGCAUUUGCCCCCAUGCUUCAGCCCAACGUAUGCGUCUUGCUCGAUGUCGGAACUAUGCCCGGCAAGACGAGUAUAUACCGACUCUGGAAGACAUUCGAUCUCAACUCGAACGUUGCCGGCGCGUGCGGUGAAAUCGCAGCUUACAAGGGCAAGAAUUGGUCACUUUUGCUCAAUCCUUUAGUUGCCGCACAGAACUUUGAAUAUAAGAUUAGCUCCAUCUUGGACAAGCCCACGGAAUCGUUAUUCGGGUACAUCAGUGUAUUGCCUGGCGCAUUCUCUGCGUACCGAUACAUUGCACUUCAAAACGACGAAUUCGGUGUAGGACCUCUGGCGUCGUAUUUCAAGGGAGAAGUACUCCAUGGUCGAGAUACCGAUAUCUUCACCUCCAACAUGUACUUGGCCGAAGAUCGUAUCCUCUGCUUUGAACUCGUCGCCAAGAAAAACUGUAACUGGGUCCUGAAAUACGUCAAAGGCGCGAUUGGCGAAACCGACGUACCCGACGCCCUCCCCGAAUUCAUCGGCCAGCGCCGCCGAUGGCUUAACGGAUCCUUCUUCGCGGCUACCUACGCCAUUGCUCACGUUGGGCAGAUUAUGCGUUCCGGGCAUAGCUUCACACGCAAGGUUAUGCUGAUGAUUGAGACGAUAUACAAUAUUAUCAAUCUGGUGUUUUCUUGGUUCAGUCUUGGGAAUUUCUAUCUGUUCUUUGUUGUCUUGACUACUUCGAUUGAAGACGAGAUCUUCGGUUUGAAGGGAAUCAACUACUUCAACGCUGCCACUCAAUUCAUACUCACGGCUCUGGUUAUCGGGUGUUUCCUCAUUUCAAUGGGCAACAAACCCAGAACCGCACACUGGAAAUACAAGCUCAUGGCAAUCCUAUUCGGCGUCCUGAUGGUCUACCUCCUCUUCACCUCGAUCCUUGUCGGUAUCCAGGCUGCCAAGCAGGGAGGAACCGCGAAUAAUAUCAUGUUGUUCAGCGUCAUCAUCACAUAUGGACUGUAUGCCUUCAGCAGUAUAUUGGCGUUCGACCCCUGGCACAUGUUCACGAGCUUCAUCCCGUAUAUGCUGUUGUCGCCGACGUAUAUCAACAUAUUGAACGUGUACGCUUUCACCAACCUCGACGACAUUUCAUGGGGUACCAAACAAGACUCGGAACCUGAAACAGAUCUCGGUGCCGUCAUUCAAGAUAGCCAUUCCCAAGUCGACCUCGAGAUGCACAGUGAACCCGCGGAUGUGGAUGGUAUCUAUGAAGAAGCUCUAGGAAACCUUCGUGACCGCGUCCCUGUUGAAAGUAAGACGAAAAGUGCCGGACAAUCUCUUGUGGAACAAGAGCAGGCGGCCAAAGACUAUUACGCGGAUGUGCGGACGAACGUUCUUCUUGCUUGGGUAUUGUCGAACGGCUUGCUGCUCCUUGUCAUCUUUGGUGGAGGUGGAGGCGGAGGCGCUUUUGCCCCUGAAGAAUCGAUGAACAAAACCAAAGGGUAUCUGGUGUUCAUUCUCGCAUUUACGGCUAUCACGAAUAUCAUUAGAUUUACUGGAUCAACAUUAUAUCUCCUCGCAAGAUUUAUUACUGGUUACUAA